GAACCGAAGAAGUAGGCCAUGGAGCACUUUCCAAUCGUGGAAAUGGCGCUUUGCGGUGGAGAAGCCUGAAGUCAGAGGGAGCAUCUCGUGCCUGUCAUUCAAUUGGAGUGCUCAGAGUGCUUUACGCAUGAGUUGUAUUUUAAAAAAGAGCGGAUUAUGACAGAGGAGAAAAGCAAUCGGGAUAUUCAUCAAGGAAAACUAAACAUUCGUGGCUCUGAUAAAGCCGUCAACAUCCUCGGACAGGUAACAUUAGAUGAAAAAUGCAUGACCUGACUGCCCAAGUCACCAGCAGCCUGCUGCCUUUCCCAGGAGUGACUAUAGAUGCUAUAGGGGAGGAUGAGAUCACCCUAGACUCUGUGCUACAUGGGAAAUUCACUGUUGGCCGCAGCGGGCUGGCCUGGCUGGCCUGUGGCCCCCAUCUGGAGGUUGUCCAUGCAGUGACAGGAGAACGGCUGUCUGCGUACUGCUUCAGUGGUGGAGGCGAGCACCCCCCCGGUGUCCUCGCUGCCAGGGACUUCAGCUGGCUCAAACGGUCUGGAUUACUAGUUGGCUUGGAGGAAGCAGAGGGCAGCGUGCUAUGUCUUUAUGACUUAGGACUGUCAAGGGUGGUCAAAGCUGUGGUUAUACCAGGCAGGAUUACAGCUAUUGAGCCGUUAGUGAGUUACGGCGGAGCAAGCACUUUGACCCAGCAUCUUCACCAGAGUCUGCGCUGGUUCUUUGGCAUUGCCGCCGUGGUAACGGAUCUCGGUCAUGUUCUGCUUGUGGACCUCUGUCUCGACGACUUGUCCUGCAGCCAAAGUGAACUGGAGGCUUCAGACCUGCAGGUAGUGACCAAAUCUCCUCAAGAGAUCCCCAGGCUGAGAGAAGUCAGCACCAGACAAGGCAGACAUCUUUGUCUCCAGCUGAAUGGGCCUAGUGGAGUUGGAGCCACAGCUCUGCAGUACAUCUCAAGGACCAACCAGCUGGCAGUGGGAUUUUCAGAUGGCUUUUUACAGCUGUGGAACAUGAAGACUCUAAAGAAGGAAUACCACUCCCAGUUAGAGGGUGGCAGGGUGCCUGUGCAUGCCUUCACCUUCCAAGAGCCAGAAAAUGACCCUAGGAACUGUUGCUACCUCUGGGCUGUCCAGUCUUCUCAGGACCUUGAGGGAGAUAUGGUCAGCCUCCGCCUGCUUCAGCUGGCCUUCAGUGAAAGGAAGUGUCUAGCUUCUGGGAAGAUCCUCUAUGAGGGUCUGGAGUACUGUGAGGAACGUUACAGUCAGGAGUUAAGUGGCACAGCUUUCCCUCUCAGAGCCCAGGCCACCAACACCCGCCUGCUGAGUUGUCAGACCAUCGAGAAGUUCCGACCCCAUCCCGACAGGGAUGACAGCAUGAACGAAGUUGCAUCUCCAGACACCAGUGUGUCUAUCUUCAGCUGGCAAGUCAAGGCCUAUGGUCAGGGAACCCCGUCUACCUUCAUCGGGGUUUUUGACAUCAACCGUUGGUACCACGCACAGAUGCCAGACUCUUUGAGAACUGGAGAGUCUCUGCAAAAUUGUCCCUACCUGGCAGUUUGGUCUCUGGACCGCGUAGUGCAGAUGUUGUCUCAACACGUCCUCCUGGAUGUUCUGGUGCACGACCGCAGCCUGAGCAGGGGCCUGCCCUUCACCUGCCCCCCACCAGAACAGUACUUUAACCCCACCACAUAUAACUUUGAUGCUACCUGCUUGCUCAAUUCUGGAAUUGUGCACUUAACCUGCUCUGGGUAUCAGAAAGAGACCCUGAGCUUUUUGAAGAAAGCGGCUCCUUGCUCCAGUGACAUCAUCUCUACUAGCUACUCUCGCUGUCUCAUGUCUGGCCUACUCUCAUCUCGCCUUGCUGACAGCCAGGCCUCCAGCCUCUCUCAGGAGCAGCAGCUGGAGGCCAUCUUGUCCACAGCGGUUGAGACCAGCUCCUUGGGACUGAUAACUGGCUGUAUCAAGCAGUGGACUGCAGAAGAACAACCUGGCUCUGCCCUGAACCUGCGCUACAUCCUGGAUUGGGCCUGGAACAAAGUGGUCCAGACCAAGGAGGAACUGGAUGGCAUCUGUGCACCGCUGUUUGACAGCUCGUCCAACUUCACAGACCCUCAGACCAUGCAGCUGCUACAGCACAGCCAGAGACUCCUCAGUAACCUCAGUACUAUCUUCCACUGUCUGCUCAGUGAAGCUCAGGAGCUUACACAAAAAGGCCUAGUGGGUCUGAUGAACAAAAACCUGGUGUCCAGUCUGAUUUCCAAGUACGCUCAGGUGGUGCUCUGGUUCUGUCGUACUGGUCUACUGCCUGAAGGAUCAGAUGACGAUGCUCUCCAGAUCUCCAGGCCUUUCUACACUCACUCAGUCAUCAGCAACUACUAUACCAUACGCAGAGAGGAGCUCACCAGGCUGGCUAAGGGCAAGUGGUGUGCAGACUGCCUGAUGAUUGACGGUUUGGUCAGACAAUGUGGUGAACGCUUGACCAACCUGUGGAAGAGGGACGAGAAUGGGACAGGGCAAUACCCACCACCUACACUGCAUGCCUUGUUGGACAUUUACCUACUGGACCACAUUGAUGAAGCUGCCAAACAUGCAAUCGUGAUUUACCUGUUGCUGGAUGUGAUGUACUCCUUCCCCAAUAAGGAGGGAGCAUCAGUGGAGUCUUUCCCCCCAGCUUUUGCCAUCCCUAUUGGACUGGUGAAACUAGUACAAGGCCUCUGGCUGCUGGACCAUCGUGACCACCAGAGUUCCUUCGAGUUGCUCUUGCAUCCCGCUGCCUCUCAGUGUCAGUUUGAGUGGCAGCACGAGCGAGUCCUGCAAGCGCUGAUGUGCCAGGGCCAACACGCAGUGGCUCUACGAUACUUCCAUGUUAUGAAGCCCCCAAUUUCCUCCACCACCCAGGCUAAACUCUGCCUGUCUGUACUGCUACACAACGGGUGUCUCAUAGAGGCGUGGUCCUUACUUCGGAAGCACUCUAAUCGCCUCAACAUGGGAGAGCUGCUGGGCUAUCUGUAUGAGAGCUGCCAGGAGCUGGGCCUCAUCAAGGAGCUGCUCAAACUGCCCCUGGGCCUCACUGAGCAGGAAUGUUUGGAGAAGUUUCUCCAGGGUACAGGGGGUCUCCAGAACAGAGAACUGCUGAUGGUUCAUUACCUUCAGCAGGCCAAAUACAUUCCUGCCCUACAGCUCAACCACAGCCUCAAAAUGAACCUGGUGAAUGAGCGGGACCCAAAGCUUAAAGACCGAUCCAACAACAGGAACUUGAUAUUGGAUCAGUAUGGCAAGGUUUUGCCGAGAGUCCAGAGGAAACUGGCAAUGGAGAGAGCAAAGCCAUACCAGCAUCCCUACGCCAUCCACAGAGAAGUUUCUCGGCCACAGCCACUGUCAACCAUCACCAAACGCUCCGUCACUGAGAAGGUGAUGUCGAGGGCCGGCUUCAUCAACAAUCUCCUGACCAAGAUUGAGGAGGUGUGGUUAGGCAAAGGGGCUACACCACAGUCCUCCCCAGCCAAGAGCUCCGGCGCUGCUGAUGUUCAGAGCCCCAAGUCCUCCUCCUUGGCCCAUUCGGAGCCCUUCCUGGGAACUCCUAUUACCAUGACCUCCAAGCGGAAAUCAAGGCUGAUGGACUUGGUGGUUCACCCCUCCUGUCAAACACCUCGCCCUCUUCUCAGCCCCCUCAGACCUCCCAGCUCCUGGGUUUCUCCACAGAGCACCAGCAAGGCCCCUGAACUCAGUCUGCUGCAAACACCACAGGUUGUCAAGCGAGCUCGGGCCUUGGCUGCUUCUGGCCGUGUGUUCUCAGCCUUCACUCCCCAGUCCAUCCUGCGCAGCAGCCUGAGGCCCACACCUGUCGCCACCCCAUCUGCUUCUCCAGGGCGCUCCAUCACCCCCCCACUCCGCGGCAAAGAGAGCCGGAUCACCUUUAUCGAAGAGGCAGAAUCUCCUGAACCGGAGAAGGGCAUCCAAUGGACCAAUGGGAUGGCAGCAGGCAGCGAGAUUAGCUUGCUUACCAGAGGCUCUACGCCAUCCAAGGCCACACAUAAGACCUGGUCUUUACCGCCUGCCGAGGAGGAAGAGGAUGAAGACGAGGAAGGAGAAAAACCUCAUGUGAAGUUUUUGCCUCCAGAAGAUGGUAUUCCCUCCCCACAGCUGAGAUGCUUUGAGACAGAGUCAUCCUCCAUCCAUGAAGUCACUGCAGAAACCAGACCAUCAGAUGCAACACAGCAACAACUUAACCUGAGCUUUGACACCAGCCAGAUAUCUGUCCGUUCAACAGACACCACUCUAGAGUAUUAUGAUGCACAUCUUCCUGGUUUCUCAGAGGACCAGGAAGGAGAGGAAGGGCAUCCAGCUGCCGAGAAAGAAGAGGAGGUAGUUACGGUGAACAUCAAAAGCCCAACUGAAAAUCAAGAACCAGAGGAAAAGCCCUUACCAACCACUGAGCACACCCCUCUGCUGACAUCGGAGGAUAUAGAGAGGGUAGAAGGAGAGGUAAAGGAAGAUGAAACAUUUGAGGAUGUGAAAGAGAUUGCUCUGAAAAAGGAGACUAACAACAUGGAAGAAGUUCAGUCUAAAGAGGAUGAUGAACAGGAUGUUGAGUCAAGUAGCAAACAUGAAAAUGCUGCAACGUUAUACCAAGAGGAGACGUCUAGUCACAAUCAAGUUUGUAACCAGGUAACUGAGAGCACGGACUCUGGCGCUGAGGUCCAAUCUCCGGAUCUAUCAGAGGGACAGGACGUCCUGACCGAGACCAAUGAAUCCACAGAGUUCACGGACUAUCUGAAACCACCUGCAGCCAUUGAACCCACAAAUGAACCAGAAGAGGAACUGGAUCAAUCAACAGAUCUGACCGAGUUUGUGCAGAGGCAUCUGUUUGGCAACGAUCGGUCUCCUCCGCUCACCCGCUCUGGAAUCCACAACGCAUCACAGACCCAGACAUCCUUCAACAGUGAGUCACUAGGUGAGGUUGAAGAAGAGGCGCAGGCAGCUGCUGAAGCUCCUCCAGCGUUCACCAGCCAGACAUCUACUGCCUCUGUGACAUCCUCCGAGCCAACUGGCACAGACUCCCACUCUGUUGUGAGUGUAAACGAUAGUGAAGAACUUUCUAGCCCUGUGUCUGAGGAGGAGGAGGAAGAAGAUGAUGAUGAUGAUGAGGAGGAGUCUGAUCAAGCUGAGGAGGAUGAGGAGGAAGAUGAAGAGGAGGACUCUGGUAGUGAGGUGGAGAUCAUUGAGGAGGUCCAGGGUAAUGGGAGGCUGCCAGCCCUUCAACCUAGUUCAGUCUUUGUACAACAGGGACACGCACACUUCCUGCCAAGUCUGUCAGAGCAGGAGGCUGCCGAGUUCUCUCUGAUCACACCCGGUGCAGAGAUAAAGAUGGUGGAGGAGGACAUGGAGGGUGACGUGGUGAUGGUGAGACUCGGGGAAGAAGAAGGAGAGAUGAAGGCAGAUGAGGAUGAAGAGCAAGGAUCAUCAUACGUGGAGCUCAAACCCUCUAGCACAAUCCUGGUACCCCUGGAGCUUGUGGAGGGGCAGGUCGGCCUGCUCGAUAGUUCUCAGCUGGGUCCUCCUGAGAUUCAGCAAAGCAUGACAGACGAUCCAAGGUCUGAAACUCAGAGCGGCUUUUCUCUGGUGCUGGAUAUGGAUGAGGACAUGGAUAAAGAUGCAGACACGCUGCCUAUGGAGAAUGAUCUGCAGUCCUCUGACCCUCCCACCCUGUCUCCAGCCGUGGAGGCUAUUGACGAACUUAUGGCCAAACAUGAGGUUAUACUUUUGGGUACAGAUGAUCAGGAUCCUCCUCUGUCUGGAGAAGUCCAUGAAGAGGACCAGAGAAAAGAAAUGGACACCUUGGAUGGAAUUGAGGUAAAUGGGCCCACAGAGUCAGAACUCGCUGACCUACAAACUGAAAACACUGAGGCAAACCAUGAUGAUGAUGAUAAAGAACAGAGCAAUGCAGAGUUAGUAAUGUCGGUUGAAGACCAUGAACCGGAAGGUCUUUCAGCCUCUGAACCAAGUCCAGGAGAAGAACUCCCAGCUGUGAUGUUAGUUGAAGACCAUGAACCAGAAGGUCUUUCAGCCUCUGAACCAAGUCCAGGAGAAGGACUCCCAGCUGGGAUGUUAGCCGAAGACCUUGAACCAGAAGGUCUUUCAGCCUCUGAACCAGGUCCAGGAGAAGAGCUCCCAGCUGUGAUGUUAGUUGAAGACCAUGAACCAGAAGGUCUUUCAGCCUCUGAACCAAGUCCAGGAGAAGAACUCACAGCUGGGAUGUUAGCCGAAGACCUUGAACCUGAUGGUCUUUCAGCCUCUGGACCAAGUCCAGGAGAAGAACUCCCAGAUGGGAUGUUAGCCAAAGACCAUGAACUGAUGGGUCUUUCAGCCUCUGCAUCCAGUCCUCUGGGAGAACUCCCAGCUGGGAUGUUGGCUGAAGCUCACGAACCUGAAGGUCUUUCAGCUUCUGGACCAAGUCCAAGUGAAGAACUUCCAGCUGUGCUGUUAGCCGAAGAACAUAAACAGGAAGGUCUUUUCGCCUCUGGAUCCAGUCCUGUGGGAGAACUCCCAGCUGGGAUGUCGUCUGAAGACCAUGAACCGGAAGGUCUUUCAGCCUCCGGACCAAGUCCAGUGGGAGAGCUCCCAGCUAUAAUGUUAGUUGAAGACCAUGAAUCUGCAGGUAUUUCAGUCUCUGGACCAACUCCAGUGGGAGAACUCCUAGCAGUUGUGCAUGACAAAGACUCUAUGGCAGAGAAAGAUGCUGCUGAGGAGGAGAUGGUAGAGGAGGCGGACAAAGCAACACCUGUUUUGUCCGCUUUGUCCGAGGACCAGGAGGAGCCUGAAGAGAAUGGGCCUGUUGAUAUGGACACAGAGAUAACCCACAUCAAUGAGACAGAGACUGUUGUAGAGGAGAAACCGCAGGACUACAAAGCCUUAGCAGAGAAAGAAGAGGAUAACCGGGAAGAAAUUAAGACGGAAAAAGAAACAAGAAGGAGAACCAGGGGAAGCCUGAGAAAAGAUAAAGCUGUUGAAGAAGAGAAACCUGUGAGGCAGGUUUUCAGCUCAAAUAGCCAACCAGAGGAACAGCCUGUGCCAGAGACCCCCACUUCUCAGAGGAAAAAGAAAGCUCCUUCCACCCCAACACGGAGGACCACAAGAGCAAGGGCAGUAACCUUUAUCUCUCCCCUCCCGGAGGAGCCAGAAGAGAAAGAGGAGAAUGGGAAAGUGGAGGAGGCAGAAACGAGCACUAUGCUCCCUGCCUCGCCUAGUCGUACACCUCGAAAGAGUAAACCGAACAAAGAAACUAAAGUCCAGGCUAGCACACCUCGAAGAAGUACUCGCAAAGCUCAGCCAGAGCCUCCUAAAGAAGAGUUAGAAGAGGGGGACGUUGAUGCAACGUCCAAGGUGUCUUCUCCAGCCAGACGGCGCAUGACCCCGACAGCCACCACAAGGACCAGCCAAAGGACCCAAAACGAAGAGGAGGACCAAGAGGAUGAGGUCACAGACGCAAAAGUUUCUCGACGAACAAGCUCCAAGACUCGCACGCCGGCCAAAAGCACUCCGAGGAAGUCCAGCAGAAAAUUUUGUAGUAGUGAGGUGGUGUCAACACCAUUAAUGAUCUUGGAAGAAGAGGAGGAGCAGUUGGAAGACGUUGUACCCCCUGUCAAAGGCAACUCCAGGAAAAGGACAGAAUCAUCAGAGACUCAGCCGGAAGAGAGCAAAAUACCUUCCAGCCCCGGCAGGGCGACUCGGCAGUCCAACCGUAUCACCCUUAACAUUUAUCCACAAGUGAAACUGGUCCCUGUGUCCCUUCCUCAGAGUACAAGAAAGAGAGAGAAGAGAGAAGAGACCAUUACAAAAAAUAUAAAAGAAAGUGGCGUUCUCCUCGAGCCUGAACAUCACAGCAAUGCUGGUAGCACCAACUCCCAUCGACUAACUAGAAACAAACUCUGGGAUCACGAUGGGGAAGACCUUCCCUUACUGGACUCGCCGUUGGAGGUGGAUUCUGAAACCCCUGUUGCAGACGCCCUCAUCAGGAGACUUCAGGAUGAGGAAGAGAAGCAGGAAGGAGCAGUAGUCGUCACAAAGAUGCUAAGAACCAGUAAGAGGAGUUCGUCGUACGUGCGUCCUAAGUCGUCAGUGGAGCAGGUUAACUCGCUACUUCCUGUGAAGGACAGCCUGGUCCCCGAACCCGAAGAGGACGAGUCUAGUCCAGGAGAGCAUUCAUUCAUCUAUUCCCCCUCACGAAGAAGAACAAGAGCUAAAAGAGCGGAGUCUCCUGGCCCGAGCGAAGACUCUGCAGUGCCUGCCACUCGGAGCAGCAGAAGAGUUGUCAACGAUGCCUCUGUUGCUCCACAUGAUGAAAUUGCUUCGGAAGAUCUUGUGGAAGUGGAGAAAGCAGCAGGCAUUUCUAAGACCAGAAAAGCAGGCAAACGAACAGCCAAGUCCAAAGCAGUUUUGGAGCCACCUCCCAUAGCAGAGGUGGACCUGAUCUCGCCUCUGCCUAGCCCAGCUGAUCCGCGAGCACAGAAGAGAAUUAAGGAGGGAGAGGCGCCGACCUCGAGCAUGAACCUUCGACGCAAGCGCAUAAUGGACGCCGUUUUCACAAGACCUGUCACGCGGAGGAAGAAACUUUAAGGAGGUUGGUGGUGGUUUUAACCACUGAACCUCAAACAGCCACCGGAAGAUUUGAACCAACUCGAUCAGGAGCUGUCAAAUAAAAGUGUAUGCCUGAACUCAAGAUGGUUCUAAUUCCUCAAAUGCCUCACACUGCUUUUUGUAUAUUUACUUCCCUGUAGGACAAUAAAAUAAAAGCAAUGUAGGCAUGAAAAUAUAUUUUUUGGGAGAAGAAAAAGCACACUGGUGGAUAGCAGUGUUGGAGAGGCUUAUAUUUUUGGAGUUUACACAUCCCACUCAUACUAACUUGACUUCAGUUGAUAUUGUAUCCAUGGCCAUUUUGCAACGUUCUUCAUAAUCAGCUUAAUUCUCUACAGUAGAGUACAGAAUGGCACAAGGGAAAGCAAUCGAUGUGGGCUUAGAAACUCCCAUUAAUAAAACCAGAGACUGAACUGAUCCGGCCUCUGAUAAAGAGGUUUUAUUCACAUUCUCUUUUAUUUUUUUGUUUUAGCUUUUUUUGUCGUUAGAUUUCAAGGCCUGCUGUCUUUUUCUAUUUAAAUCGAAAAGCAACCAACCCAGUGGAGAGAAAAUGACGUGUAUAUAGUCUUUUGCUAUGAUCCAAAUAAAGUUAAUAAAUAAACAAAUCCUAAAGAAUUACGUUCAUUUUGAAGUUUUAAGUGUCUUGAAUGUGUUUGAUCACCUUAUCAGACUGCCUAUGCCAUAGUCUUAAAUUUCAGUCGAUUUGGGGUAUUUUCUGUGAAAGCAUAGACUUGUACACUAAUGCCAUCACAUUUGGACUGUUGCUGUAUGUAAUGUAUGGUGUGAAAGAAACAAAGACUUGCACAUCAGUUUGGAGUUGUUAAAAUUGUUAUGGGAUGUGUUAAUAGGCAGGUUUAAUUAAAUGUAUGGCUGACACAGGCUAUUUUCUGAUGAACUUAUGUAGAAUGUCUUAUUUUUGAUGACUGCUCUUUGAUAAAUAUGGUAAAGCUUGAA